AGCCUGAGCUCACAUAAAGGGACAGCCGGAGCCCCGGAGGCCACAGAGCUGACACUGCCGGGCUUGGAGCACCGGGCACCCAAGACAUCAUGAGUUGGUCCGUGCACCCGCGGAGUUUAAUUCUCUAUUUCUGUACUCUUUCACUGCUCUCUUCAACAUGCCUGGCUUACGUGGCUACCAGAGAGAACUGCUGCAUCUUAGACCAAAGAUUCGGUAGUUUUUGCCCAACCACCUGUGGCAUUGCAGAUUUUAUGUAUAAUUUCCAAUCCACUGUGCAUGAAGAUCUACAGACUUUGGAACACAUGUUAAGUCAAAUAGAAAACAGAUCAACAGAAGCCAACGAACUGAUCAAAGCAAUCAAAGUCAGCUACGAUACUGCUGAACCAUCGGUACCAAAUAAGAUAGACAGUGCUACUCAGAAAUCCAAGAAAAUGGUGGAAGAAAUAAUGAAAUAUGAAGCACUGAUUCUAUCACACGAGUCAAGUAUCCGAUUUUUGCAGGAAAUAUAUGACUCAAACAAUCAAAAGAUCAUUAACCUGAAACAGAAGGUAACCCAGCUUGAAGCAAAGUGUCAAGAACCUUGCAAAGACACAGUACAAAUACAUGAUACAACUGGGAAAGAUUGUCAAGACAUUGCCAAUAAGGGAGCCAAAGAGAGCGGACUUUACUUUCUCAAACCUCUCAGAGCUAAGCAGCAGUUCUUAGUCUACUGUGAAAUCGAUACAAAUGGAAACGGAUGGACUGUGCUUCAGAAAAGACUUGACGGAAGUGUGGACUUCAAGAAAAAUUGGAUUCAAUAUAAAGAAGGGUUUGGACAUCUUUCUCCUACUGGUACCACGGAAUUUUGGCUGGGAAAUGAGAAGAUUCAUUUGAUAAGCACACAGUCUGCAAUCCCAUAUGCAUUAAGGAUUCAACUGGAAGACUGGGAUGGCAAAAGCAGCACUGCAGACUAUGCCAUGUUCAAGGUGGGACCAGAGGCUGACAAAUACCGCCUGACAUACGCCUACUUCCUUGGUGGAGAUGCUGGCGAUGCCUUUGAUGGCUUUGAUUUCGGUGACGAUCCUAGUGACAAGUUUUUCACAUCCCAUAAUGGCAUGCAAUUCAGUACGUGGGACAAUGACAAUGACAAGUUUGAAGGCAACUGUGCUGAACAGGAUGGAUCCGGUUGGUGGAUGAACAAGUGUCAUGCUGGCCACCUCAAUGGAAUGUAUUACCAAGGUGGCACUUACUCGAAAGCAUCUACUCCUAAUGGUUAUGACAAUGGCAUCAUCUGGGCCAGUUGGAAAUCCCGCUGGUAUUCCAUGAAGAAAACCACCAUGAAGAUAAUCCCUCUCAACAGACUCUCCAUUGGAGAAGGACAGCAGUUCCACGUGGGAGGAGCCAAACAGGCUGGAGACGUUUAAAAGACCGUUUCAAAAGUGAUUUGCUUUUUAAAGGACUUUAUCUGAACAGAAAAAUGUACUAUUUUUCCUAUGGGACAAUGGACUUUUCAAAGCAUCACUUGGCUUUAAGAGUAAAAAGAACUGAUGUUGAAAACUCCACUAACAGUUUUAUGCUGGUGAUAAUUUAUCUACAUGAAUUUCAAUAAACAUGAUAUUUCCUAGGAGUA